AUGACACAAACAGAUGAUGCUGAGCCAUUGUUUCCACUCGAAAUGCCUGGUCAUCGAUUUGACUAUCAAGGCAAAAUAAACGACGAUAACGAAAAUGAUGAAGAAAAUCGUUUUAUAGACGAAUCUGGCACAACUUUUGACACACAAUCGAGUGAUCAAAAUCUGGAAACAGUACAAAUAACAGAAAAAACAGUAAAUCCAAAAGGCGACAGAGUGUUACCACAUGAUUUUCAGUUGCUCAAAGUUUUGGGGAAAGGUGGCUAUGGCAAGGUUUUUCAAGUUCGUAAAAUGUCUGGUAACAACGAAGGACGUAUAUUUGCUAUGAAAGUUUUGAAAAAAGCAUCGAUUGUUCGAAAUGCGAAAGAUACAGCUCAUACAAAAGCAGAACGAAAUAUCCUUGAAUGUGUUAAAUGUCCAUUUAUUGUCGAUUUAAUUUAUGCAUUUCAAACGGGCGGUAAAUUGUAUCUGAUAUUAGAGUAUUUAAGUGGCGGAGAGUUAUUCAUGCAAUUAGAAAGAGAGGGAAUUUUUAUGGAAGAUAUGGCUUGGUGGAGUUUUGGAGCGCUAAUGUAUGACAUGUUAACUGGAGCACCUCCGUUUACGGCCGAUGAUCGAAAACGAACAAUGGAUAAAAUCAUUAAAGCUAAGCUUGUUCUUCCAGCUUAUUUAACACAAGAUGCACGUGAAUUAAUUCGAAAUUUAUUAAGAAGACAAGUUAGCCAUCGACUAGGAAAUGGACCGGAAGAUGCCGAAGCAUUGAAAAGUCAUCAAUUUUUUCGUCAUUUGAAUUGGGAUGAUGUGUACAAUAAACGUUAUGAACCGCCACAUAAGCCUGUGCUCAAAGGAGACGAUGAUGUAAGUCAGUUUGAUACCAAAUUUACAAAACAAACACCAGUUGAUUCACCGGACGACAAUAUGUUGAGUGAAAGUGCAAAUCAAGUAUUUCUUGGUUUUACCUAUAUUGCCCCAUCGAUUCUAGAAGAUUUGAAUAGGCCACAAUUUUUCAUGAAUAGUCAUGGACAUCGUUCACCGAGAAAAGUACCACAAGAACAAUUAAAUAAUGCUAUCAAGACAAAUGGGGAUCAUCAGUUUUUAAACCCAUCUUUCAUAUUAAAAUCAUCAUCAUCUGUUGAAGCAAUGGAUACCGGUGAAAUGACUCCAACCCAAAUACCACGAGAAAUAUUACAUAAUUGCUCAAUUCCUCCACCAUCCUCGAAUAAAACAAUACCACUACCUACAGUGAAAUCACAAUCAUCGAAUAUGUUAAAUUCUGCUCAACAAUUCCAGUACAAACCUUCUCCUGCGAUAGCCACAGCAAAACAGCAAGCGGUGCAUAUGAAUAAUAAACCAAUGAAUCCCGGUAAUAGGACCGUUUCUUAUCAGAGAGGCAAACAGGAGGUUCUAAACAAAAGACUGACCAGUUGAUAAGUAGAAGAGGGUAGUUUCUUUUCGUUAUUGAUAAAACACUGAAACGGCACUUUUUUCUUCAUGAAUGUAUUUUUCACAAAGAAAAUUCUCUCGGUAAGUACAGUCUACCCUUUCUCUGACUAACGAGGAAAUAUCCACAAGUGUCACUUUGGGAUUUUGGCAAAGCAUAUGAUCAGUAGUUAAGUAAACUGUGCUGAUCACAAAUAUAAUGAUUUAAGCUGCUACCGUUAGAUGGUUGCUGUGUUAGAGCAAUUUUAAUUCUUUUGGUCGAAAAAUUCUCAGUUUUCAAUCGAUCAUAUUGUCAGACACAUACAUCAGAAAAGCUCGUCAAACACAGUGUUGUAGAGAAAUUUUUCAGCUACAACUUAAUAUAUUUGGAAUAACAAUCUGACUUAUGGUCUUCGAGAAAAAUAUGUUUUACUGUACAUGUCUUUUUCCUACGUGAUAUUGGUUUUUUUAUCCCCAAGACCAUAAGUCAGAUUGUUAUUCCAAAUAUAUUAAGU